AUGUCGGUCGAUGCGCAGCAAAAGGCGACACUUCCAGGAGCCUUCCCCCGAGAUCCAACGUCCGAGGAAAUGGAGGUAAUCGACCAUUCCGGACUCGAUCUUCAGUCGUUGACCCGUGCGAUGAAAGCCAGGGCAGUUGAUUUUACGCGCCGAAGAUCUGUCUCGGUCAAGAUUGGCACAUGGAAUGUUGCUGCCAUCUCGGGCACCGAAAAGGAUGUUGGAAAAUGGUUUGUGCAGGAGGAAGGGGCGAGCAUGCCCUCCCCCAACUCCUCCAAGGGUUCUCGAUCUGGCGGUGACAUGGCUACCGGUAGCUCAUCAUCAGAGGGUGCUGGCAAUGGAUCAAGCAGCAGCACCCCGAACGCACAAACAACGUCUCAACAUAACCCAGAAAAAGUCGAUCUUUAUGUUUUGGGGCUACAAGAGAUUGUUGAUAUUUCCUCACCAGCCGAGGCUCUGCGGCCCUACACGGACCAAGGCCCGGCUAGGCGAUGGAAAGAGGCAGUACAACAAGCCCUUCCACCGGGAUACGAACUGGUGUCUGAGGUUCAACUCCUUGGCCUCUUUCUCGUAAUAUAUGCGUCGCCCGCAAUUCGCGACAGCAUAUCAUCGGUCAGUAGCACAUCCGUCGGCACGGGGUUGAUGGGAUACAUGGGCAACAAAGGCGCUGUUGCAACUCGUAUUGUCAUCGGUGAGGUCGCUCGUCUCGUGUUUGUGAACUGCCACCUCGCAGCGGGAUCAGACAAGGGCAGUCUCGAUCGACGCAACUGGGAUGCAUCACAAAUUACUCAGCGCGCCAAAUUUGAGCCGGUUGAGUCAGAUGAUGGAUCCAAAGAGAAGCAAAGCGAUAGCAUCGGCGACGAGGACUUUACUUUCUGGUUUGGUGAUCUGAACUAUCGACUUGAUGACAUACCGGGGGAUGAUGUGCGGCAAGUACUAGCUCGUCACACAGUCAACGCAUACGAUUCUGCUCUAAAAGGCGAUUCUUCAUCGUCGUUAUCUUCCGAGGGAGAGGAGCUGUCGAUAUCCAGUGCGGAUGAGGUCAUGGAUCCCCGCGAUGAUCCUGCGUCACUUCAAACCACCAUCUCAUCUCUGAUCACUCACGAUCAACUGCGAAUUCAGCAAGAAAGGGGCAUUGCUUUCCAUAGAGGUUGGCGAGAGGGUGAGAUCACCUUUUUGCCGACCUAUAAAUAUGACGUGGGAAGCGUCGCCAUGUUCGAUUCGAGUGAGAAACAUCGCGGCCCGAGUUGGUGUGAUCGCAUCCUCUUCCGCACGCAAAAUGAUAUCAUCAAACAUGAGCAGAUGAAUCGCCUGGCGGAAGAGGCACGGAAACGAGAUAAGGAAAUGCAGGCCCGUGGCUUAGAUACAGCAGUUGCGGACUACAAUGUCUUGUUUGACUAUGAUCCCGAAGUCGAUGGCUCAAUGGAUGGCGAUGGAUACGACUCUGACGCGGAUGCUGCAGGAGAGAACGUCACUUCUUCUGCGGAAGAGGAUACGGAACCAGACUCUGUUCAUCAGCACCACUAUGGCUCUUACCAGGGCAUCUGUUCGUCAGACCACAAGCCUCUGGACGCUGUUUUCACUCUGACAUUCGAUGCGGUCGACCCCGGUCUCAAAGCGCAAGUACACCAAGAGGUUGUCCGGGAAUUGGAUAAGGCCGAGAACGAGGCUCGACCAGGGUUGACUGUCGUCGUGGACGCCCAUGUUGACGAGAAAGGAUCGGAACGCGAUCACAACACCAUCAAUUUUGGUGAAGUCCAAUAUGACGUUCCAGUCCAUCGAAGUUUGACUGUCGCAAACACGAGCGGCGCCCCUGCCAAGUUUUCAUUUGUUGAGCGAGUCACUCUGGACAAUGGAUCAACCAAUCCGGCAAAUUGGUUGGACAUUCAAGUCCAUCAUUCCACAUCUCCCGAUUCCGAGCUAACUCCGGGUGUGUCGUCUAACCCUCAUAAUUCUCACACCCUGAAUCCUGGGGAAGUAGCCCAUAUCGAUGUCAUCGCGCAUGUCCGCAGCAUUGAACAUGUUCGCUUAUUGAACUUGCACAAAACAAAACUUGAAGAGAUUCUCGUCCUCCAAGUAGAUGGUGGUCGUGAUCAUUUCAUCUCAGUCUACGGCAAAUGGGCUCCAACAUGCUUUGGAUUCAGUAUUGAAGAAUUGACUCAAUUGCCUGAACAGGGUGCUCGAAGUCUCAGUGGCGACUUUGGGACUCAAGGCGACAAAGAGACUGACGGAGGGCGACUUUCCGCUCCACGUGAACUUUUCCGGCUCACGGAGUCCAUUUCGGAGCUGGCAGAGCGCGCUGUGGCAGAAUGGAGCAUGAUGAAAGGCGAAUCAGAGGAGGAACAGCCACCAUGGAGCAAGGAGCCAGCCGGUCUUGCAUGGCCGUUCCAGCCAGAAACGUGGACUCUCACUGAUCCGCAAACGCGGGGCUCACUUCUCGCGUCCAUCCGAGAAUCGCUCGAUACCAACGGGUCUUUGUCAAGUGUUUUCAGUCCAGAAACCCCGUCGUUACACCGACUCGAGCUGUUGGCAGAAACGCUCCUCUUCUUUCUUGACUCAAUAAAGGAUGGCAUUGUCACGGCGAGCGUGUGGCAGCGGAUGGAGCAUCAGAUCGUCGCUCGUGAGAAAUCGAAAGCGCCACCUUUGUCAUGGGAAGAGAUGCAGGCAUGGGUUCUUGAGAGUCUAGCAUACUCUCCCGCACACAGUGUCUCUUUUACCUUUGUUACAUUUAUGCUCGCUCGUCUUGCCAACGAAGUCGCGCCUGUUCCUCCGGCCGCGGGGUCACGUACAAGCAUUUCGAGAGACAAAACACAAAACGACUUGUCUACGAAUACCAGCGAAUCGUCCAGACGUUCUCAUGAGAGGUCAUCGUCAAAUAUCAGCUCGCCAAACUCGACCCCACCUACUUCAGCUACAGCCAGAGUGAUCAUCUCCGGUGGGAGCUUGCGUCGUGAUUCCCGCUUUGCGGACCCCGAACCGGCAUUGAGUAUCACAGCCAAGGCAGCAGCACGCCGCGGGAAGGUCGAACGAGCACUGGCCGGGGCUUUCUCUCGCGUUUUGAUCUCGUCAGAAGUUCCUCUUCCCUCCAAAGAUAAGGAACGACGCGCAUCCGACGAGCGUAAGAGGAGUAUCAUCGAGCCGUUCUUGAAGAUGGUUGGCGUUGAUGAACGAGGUCCAUCUGGCGGGCGAUGA